AUGGUAGAUUACUUAAAGUCGACCUCAAGAGUACUGUCGCCGCUGUCUUCAACAACAUCGCCACCCAGUGGCUCCACCACAUCCGGCAACAGCAGGUACUACUGCUUUGACACCCUGGGUGCGUGCUCUAGCGACGUACUGGCGUACACAUACCCCUUGACCAGCCAGAUGGUCAAAUGCCCCAUGUUCUUCUUUCGGCUGACGGCGCUGAGCCGUCAGUGUUAUACUCAGGACCAGGCCACUACUGCGCUGCACGAGAUGACGCACUUGACGCAGGCCAAGGGCACCAGCGACUACGGAGGCUACGUAAACUCUUUCGUGCGCAGCUUGAGCGCGACACAGAAUCUGAACCAUGUCGAUACUCACACAUUGUUUGCGCAGGCUCUGUCCGCUGGGUGCUAG